AUGGGCAAAGACGGAUUCCUUACACCCAAAGCAAUUGCCAAUCGCAUCAAAUCCAAAGGUCUUUUGAAGCUCAAAUUCUACUGCCAAGUCUGCGAAAAGCAAUGCCGAGACGAAAACGGAUUCAAAUGCCACGUCAACAGCGAAUCGCAUCAACGACAAAUGCUGCUUGUAGCUGAGAAUCCUGGACAAUUCAUGCACAACUAUUCCGAUCAAUUUAAAAAGGACUUUUUGGCCAUCUUGUCUCGAGCCCAUGGCACUAAACGAGUGUUUGCCAACAACGUAUACCAAGAAUACAUUUCUGAUCGUCAACAUAUUCACAUGAAUUCCACUAAAUGGAACUCACUGAGCGAAUUUGUCAAAUAUUUGGGUCGAGAAGGUAUUUGCCAAGUUGACGAAACUGAGCGUGGCUGGUACAUUACUUGGAUCGAUAAUAGUCCAAAGGCAUUGGCAAGACAGGCCGCUAUUCAAAAGAUGGACCGUUUGCAAAAGGAUGAAGAAGAGCGUGAGCAGCAGUUGCUACAAGAACAAAUAGAACGUGCGACCAAGGAAGCAGAAGAGCGUGGUGUGGCAGCGGAACAGCAAGCAACUGAGUUGAAACGAGACGAAGGCAAAAUCAAGCUAAACAUGUCACUUAAACCCGUGGCUAAAGCAACUACACCUGUUGUAUCGAAGGGUGGUAAUAACAAGAUGCGGAUGAUGAUGAAGAGUGGAGGCAUCAAAAAGCCUGACCCUCCUCGACACCUCAGCCUGGCCAAGCUGGCCAAAUCGCAUCAGUAA